GAAAAUAGGUUAGGUUUGGUUGGGUUGGUAAUUGUGCGUCACUGGGAUGAUAAUUUUAUCUUCUUUUUGAGAUGAGAAAAGAUGAGCAUAUCUAAUGAUCUUUUUUAUUGCGACAUGUACUUAAUGUGGCAUUAGUUUUUCCAUAUUUAUUUUAUUGAUAACUGACAUAUUGGUUUGUGAAAUAAUGUCUUGAAGAUCAUCAAAAAAAACUUUCACACUUACAUUCGAGAAAAUAUUUCACAUAAUGGCCGAUGGACAAAAUAAAGAUGUAUAUGAACCGAAAUCAGUACCUGCUACGAGAUCUAAUUCAACACCUGAUGGGGACUUGAAGCUGGAACCUUCGAGUCCUACUGAGAGAUAUGCUUUUACACGUUGUAAUAGUACAGGGUCAAUUAAUACACCUUCUUCAUCAGCUCACAAUACUGAGGAUGAAGAUAGUGACAAUAAAAAUUCCACCGUUAGUUACAAGGAGCGAAGAAGAGAAGCUCAUACACAGGCGGAACAAAAACGAAGAGAUGCUAUCAAAAAAGGUUACGAUUCCCUGCAAGAUUUAGUGCCAACGUGUCAACACACAGAUUCCUCUGGCUAUAAACUUUCAAAGGCAACUGUUCUACAAAAAUCUAUUGAUUACAUUCAAUUUCUUCUUCAACAAAAAAAGAAGCAGGAAGACGAGAGGAAUGCUCUUCGCAAAGAGGUCGUUGCACUUCGUAUAAUGCAAAAUAAUUACGAGCAAAUUGUGAAAGCCCAUCAAACGCAACCUGGACAUUCGGAAAUGCGGGUUUCGGAUGAAACAAAAUUCCAAGUGUUUCAGGCAAUUAUGGAUCGUUUAUUUCUCACAUUCGAGAAUAUUUCCGUGGCAAAUUUUGCCGAAUUAUCAGCAUGUGUGUUCAGUUGGCUCGAGGAACAUUGUAAACCACAGACUCUUCACGAGGUUGUUCUUUCCGUUUUACAUCAAUUGAACGACCAAAUGAACUGCCAGACAGGUAAUAUUUGAUCGAGGGAUUGUGUCAUAAUAAAAAUAGUCAUAGAGCAGUUACCAACAUAAUUAAAAUUUCUACCCAGCAGAACUUGGGCAGAGCAAUAAUAAUAAAUUUAUUUUUUUAUACAUUCAUUAACACGUGGAUGUUAUAAAUUCUCCACUUUUAUCGAAUUUCCAUAUAGUGUACUUUAUGACAAAGACGACAUAAAAUUUUUUAUACAAUUGCUGUC